AAAGCGUAUUGAAAAAUUUAUCAUAUAUUAGAAAGAAUAAUCUUAUAUUUACGAUAUAUUGCUUUUUUUAUCUUUUAGAUAUAUAUACGGCGGUGAACUUAAACUUGUGAAUGAUAAUGUUAAGACGAAUGUUGAACUCAUGAUUGCGGCGGAUGAAUUGUGUCUUGAUGAAUUAUGUACAUAUGCCGAAGAUUUUUUACUCAAUAAUAGAGAAUCAUUAAAAUCCAAUUUAGUACUUUUAUUACAUGUAACAACCGAAUUUGAUCAAUUUACGAGAAUAUCACAAUUUUAUAAAGAAACUUAUCGACAGAAUCCUUCAUUAAUUUUCAAAGCAAAAGAUUUUACUGAUAUUAAACGAGAAUUUCUUCUUGAACUUUUAAUUAAAAAUAAUCAUUCACUAAAACCAAUUGAAAUUUGGGAUAAACUUUCAGCAUGGGUUAUUGUUCAAUCAGAUGAAUUAUCAUCAAAUAUUACAAAUUGGACGGAUGAUAAUGUAAAAACAUUUGGUAAAAUAGUUAAUCCAUUUCUUUCUUACGUUAAUUUCGAUAAAAUAAGUCGUGAGGAUUUUUUUCAAAAAAUCAAACCAUUCAAAAAUAUUUUUGAUGAUAAAUUUUAUAUUAAAAUUCUUGAAUCUUGUUGUUUUAAUGAUUUUUAAUAAUAGAGUAAUUUAUAUUAUUUAUAUAUUAUUUAUAUAAAAAAAAUUAUAUAUAUACAGAUAUAUAUGUAUAUAUAUAUUUUUAGCGUUAUUUAGCGUACGUUAUGUAAUUAGUACAUAAAUUUCUAAAUAAAUACCUGUCUGUAUAUACAUAUUUUUAUAAAUGAAAAAUUAAAGUUAAGG